GCACAUUUCCCAUUCCCAGCUCUCCCACACAAAGCAUGAAAGCCACUACACCACAAUACUAGCUCUCCCAAUCAAACACACUUUACAUACUCUCCCUCCUCACCAAACCAAGCCAGCUUGAUAUAUAUCCCUUCCCUUUCUUCCAAUCAAACACAUGUAUGAUUGAUUAGACAGCAGCAAGCAAACCAGAUCCAAGAACAAUACCUAGCUAGCUAGCUGAUGCAUCGAUCCAUCUUGAUCUUCAAUUAAUCCAUCUCGAUCGAGAUCUCAUCAAUCAAAGCAAUAUCAGGCCAGCUUGUUCAAUUUCCUCCCAAGAAAUGAUGAGCUGCACAAGUGAUCGAGAUUCAUGAGCUAUAGAGAAGCGAGAUCCACACAUAUAUAUGAUCCAUGGAGUUGUUCCCUCGGCAGCUUGACCUGUCCCUCAAUAUCAGCACGCCCAGCUCCUCCUCCUCGCCGUCGCCGGCACCGGCGGCCACUAGCUGGCCGUGGACGUCGGCGAAACAGCUGCCAGCUGAUAAAGAAGCUGCUGCCAUGACAGCAUCCGCAAGAUCAGCUCCACUGCUACCGCGCAACUCCGACGUGUGCUCAACUCGGGGCGCCGCCGCCGGUGCCACCAGCACCAACCACCACGGCGGCGGCCUUGCGAAUUUGCAGAAGCAGCAGCAGCAGCUCAAGGCGGCGGCGAUGCAGCAGCUCAAGGAGGCGGCGAUGCAGCAGCCGCAGCCGAUACAUGGUGUCCCGGUGUACCACCACCAGCAGCAGCAGCAACGGCGGCAGCUGCAUCAGCCGCACGCGGUGGUGGGCGACAGACGAAGCGACGGCGGCGGCGGCCGUCGCCUCUUCUCCCAUGUGGGCGUGGCCACUCCAAGGACGUUGCCGUCGCCGUCGCCGUCGAGGUCGAUGCUGGCGAGGCUCCCGCCGGGAAGACGGGGCGUGCGGGCGCCGCGGAUGCGGUGGACGACGACGCUGCACGCGCGGUUCGUCCACGCCGUCGAGCUCCUCGGCGGCCACGAGAGAGCGACGCCCAAGUCGGUGCUGGAGCUGAUGGAUGUCAAGGAUCUCACUCUGGCUCAUGUCAAGUCUCACCUGCAGAUGUAUCGCACGAUUAAAAAUACCGACAGGCCGGUCUCAUAUGCAGGACAAGCCAAUGAUGGGUUCGAUAAUGCACCGGGUGGAGAUAUCUCCGACGACAGUUUUACUGACGGCCUUCUCAGGCAAAACAGAAGUAUGCUAGCAUCUGGUGAACAGAACGACACCAAUAUUUACAGUGGUUUAUGGAGCAAUAACACGUCAGGCAAGGUAGACGGACUUGAUCUCGGUUUGCCAGUCAGUGAACCAGCUAAUGAAUUUUACAGGAUAUAUCUCAAGAAUGCUCAUCGGAGCGUGGGCUUAGAGACAUCUGUGUUGAGCCUACCAGGUCGACCAAACCUUGAGUUCACACUUGGGAUUGGGAAGGCUUCACAAUAAUGAUAGAUCAGAGCUGCAAAGUCCAAGCAUGCAUAAUUAAGUUGAUUUCUAUGUUCUAGCUAGCUUCACCCAAUUAGAUCAAGUACAGUGUAGUUGGCCUAAAAUGUUCACUAGCUGGCAGGAUAAGAGGCUAAAGACUGUGAGUCUGUGAAGUGUGGAGGCACAGAAAAAGAUUGAAAAAAAGAAGAAAAACCAUUGUAUUAUUUAGUUUCUUACACAUGCAUGGUUCUGAUAAAGGGCAUUAUUGUGGGUGUGGAGAAAUAAUAAAGAGAAGCUAUGCAGAUGCCAGCAGUCUUGUACGUGUGUGUGUGGUAGCAUAUGAUCUGGGGCUCUAUGAAAAAGUCAUGUGUUGUCUAAAGCUAGCUGCGUAGAAUGCAGCAACGGUGACAGGGCAAUGGCUCAUCUUUUACUGCCAACAAAGAAGGCAACGCACGUGCAGUUCCCAAUUAGAGUCAGCUUUCCAAAGCCCCACAAAAGCAAGAAAAUUUAUGUAUGUAUGAAGGAUAGACAUAGUGUUCAGUGAAUGCAAUGCUAGCUUGUUUUCAUGAAUGGACUAAAGUAUACAAAUGCAGCGAGAUGGCAUUUCAUUGAAAACAUGUACUGAUUAUGAAAAAGUUCAGAGCUGUGUAGUUUGUGUACAUUGUACGAGGGACGCUAGUUUCCUAUAUAUAAAUUUUUGAAGGAAUUCCCUGUAUGUACUAUGAAA